AUGCCGAGCCGAAGCUCUGGGUACAAUCAGGAGUUCUAUUGUGAGGACGUGAAGGCCACCGCGCAGAAACCCAUGCAGAGCCUAAGGCCCAACAAGGAGGUCCUGAACAGGCUUAACCAGGCCAUCCGGCAGCUGAGGGCGGAAGUGGCUGUCGCGGAUAGUGAGCCCUGUGAACUAGAGAAACCCAAAGACCUAGAGGCUCUGCAGGCGGCUGCAGCCUCAGGCGAUGCCAAGGACAAGCUGGCCUGGCUCGAGGCUACCCUGCAGAGGGCCAAGCAGGACAUGGCCCAGCAGCUGCGUGAGUACCAGGAGCUCAUGAUCGUCAAGCUUGGCCUGGACUUUGAGAUCGCCACCUACCGCAAGCUGUUGGAGGACAAGGAGCAGAGACUUAGUACGGAAUUUGGGACCGGGAGCAUAGCCCAGGGCAGCUCCGCCUCGCCCUCCGUCCCGGUCCAUCUCCAGCAGCCUGGAGCCUGUUCGGGCCCCGUGGGCACUAGCGCCCCCGGCGGCGGCUGCACGCUCUGCAGCUCCCCGGGCUGCGUCGGGGGCUCGGGCUGCAGCGGCUCGGGCAGAUGUUGA